AUGGAAGAGGAAGUGAUGAAUAUCGGUGAAGAAGUGACUGGGUCUAGCUUGACAAUGGAAAAAGUCGCCGCUGCAAAACAGUACAUCGAAAAUCACUACAAGAAUCAGAUGAAAAGCAUCCAAGAGCGCAAGGAGAGGCGAUGGAUUCUAGAACGAAAAUUAGCAUCUUCGGAUGUUCCCAAAGAGGAACAGAUCAAUCUAAUCAAGGAUUUGGAGCGAAAAGAGACAGAGUUUAUGCGAUUAAGGAGGAACAAGAUAUGUGUAGAUGAUUUUGAGCUUUUAACCAUUAUUGGGAGAGGAGCCUUUGGUGAGGUCCGAUUAUGUCGAGAAAAAAAAACAGGGAAUAUCUAUGCCAUGAAGAAAUUGAAGAAAUCUGAAAUGCUUUCAAGAGGCCAGGUGGAACAUGUUAGAGCAGAGAGGAACUUACUUGCAGAAGUGGCUAGCCACUGCAUUGUAAAACUGUACUACUCUUUUCAAGAUACUGAAUAUUUGUAUCUUAUUAUGGAAUAUCUCCCUGGUGGUGAUGUGAUGACCCUGCUGAUGAGAGAAGACACACUGUCUGAAAGUGUUGCUAAAUUUUACAUUGCUCAAAGUAUCCUGGCCAUUGAGUCCAUUCAUAAACAUAAUUAUAUUCACAGGGAUAUCAAACCAGACAACCUUCUUCUCGACAUAAAUGGUCACAUGAAGCUUUCAGAUUUCGGUCUUUGCAAGCCUCUUGAUUGUAGAACUUUAUCUACUGUAAAUGAAAACGAGGCCUUGAGUGAUGAGAAUACAAGGGAACCGAUGGACAUUGAUGGCCGCUUUCCAGAUGCUGCCAAUAGUAGUCACUGGAGAAGCCCUCAAGAACAGCUUCAGCAUUGGCAGAUGAAUAGGAGAAAGUUGGCAUUUUCAACUGUUGGUACGCCAGACUAUAUUGCACCUGAAGUGCUAUUGAAGAAAGGAUAUGGCAUGGAGUGUGACUGGUGGUCGCUGGGUGCAAUUAUGUAUGAAAUGCUUAUUGGCUACCCCCCAUUCUAUUCCGAUGAUCCAAUGACCACUUGCAGGAAGGCGCUAAAUUAUCCACUCCCCCUUUAUGUCUGGUGGAAGAAGCUUGGUACUGGAGGAGCAGACCAAAUCAAGGCUCAUCCUUGGUUCAAGGAUAUAGUAUGGGAAAAGCUAUAUGAAAUGGAAGCAGCAUUUAAACCAGAGGUUAAUGGGGAGCUGGAUACCCAAAAUUUUAUGAAGUUUGAUGAAAUGAAUCCUCCAACUGCAGCAAGAUCUGGCUCAGGACCCUCACGAAAGGUACACCUAAAUCCCAAGGAUUUAAGUUUUGUGGGCUAUACAUACAAGAACUUUGAUGCUGUCAAGGCACUGCUUAACUCAUCGGAUAGUAGAAGUGCAUCACCCAGUCGGCCAUCAAUUGAUUCCAUAUUUGGUGAUUCCAAGGGGAGCCAAACGAGGAAAGGAACAGCAGAGGAAACAGAUGUACAGAUGAUUGCAGCAACAGAGGAUGCAAUGAUUGAAGAAAAUACUCAAUUUCUGACAAAAAACUCUGGAGAUAGUGAUGAAGCCACUGCUGCUGCUAACCUUCUUGAGAACUUGAGCAUCGAAAGCAAAGAUCAAGAUGAGAAACCAGAUGUCAAAGAGCACUUGCAUCCUCGGAGGGGAUAUAGGACGAAAACGAGCAGAAGGAAAGAUUGGGAGAAAAGAAGUAAUGAGUUCAGUGUUCUCGUCUGA